AUACAUGUAGGUGUAGGAAAAGAAUGGGACACUUCUGAUUAAUUUCCCACGAUUCCAGGGAGUUCAACUCCGAGGAUGGCGACAUCAGAGAGUCUAGCGAUCAUCAUCGCCUCAGACGAUGAGAGCGACAGUGACGUGGAAAUUCUUAGGGAGGAAAAGAACGAAGACCUGGACGUGAUCAUUGUCGCUGAAACAACAGUCAAGCCAGUGCCAAGAUUAGGGAUGGGAACCAGUGGAUUGGAACCAGUUAAGACUGGUCAGUCCUGUGAGGGCCUGCGGCCGGAGGUUCCGGUUGACCUGUCACUGGACGAGUGUACAAACGACGACGGUCUCCCCACGGUCACCACUCCUCUAGAUCUGUCCUCUAAGAAGUGUUCUGGCGAUGACUCCGACCUAGAUCUGGACUCUAGUAGUUCCUUCCUAGCAGAGCAGACAGCUAGUACGCUGUCAGACUUCCUGAAAGAGUCGUUCCCCCCUAACGUCAAAAUACUGCCCAAAUCUGACAAUGAUUGUGCCCAACCUAACUGUGAUAAUUCUGACCCUAAAUCCCUGGAUGAUCACAUGGAUACGUAUCCUAAGAAGAUGGACCUGUUUGACGGCUCCCUCCUGCCUGGUUCUGGUCUCCCCGCCACGGAUCUGUCUGGUGCAGGUCUCCCCUCCGCAGAUCUGACGGUCACGGGGCACCUUCCUGCUGUCAUUCCUCCUAACACCAGCGUUGGUGAUAUCCCGGUGUCUUUCUCUGAUAACAUUAGAAAACACUCCAGCAAACGUGCAUCUUCAUCCACCGAUGACGUCUGCACGCUAAAGAAAAUGAAAAAGGAGGAAGAGCUGUUUAACAGCGAGGCAUGGAAAUCACUAGAUCUGGACUUUCUGUCAGAGUCGAGUACAAGUACCUACCAACAUACCGGCAGUUGUGAUACCAAGAGUGCACCCGUGUCUGUGGCAGCCCCAGGCAGUGCUGUCCAUGGAAGAUCGUACAGUGUGUCCUCCGAGACAUUCACCAAGCACCUGCCUCCCAAGAAACAGAGCUGUUUCCGUCAGGCGAGUGACCCAGGGUUCAGUCCUGCAGCCCGCCCUGUGUCCCCCCAGCCUUCCUGCAGCAGCUGGGGGUCAGAGAAGUGUACCAGCUGUAAUAUCUCCCUCCUGGGGUUCAGAAUCUCUCGCUGUAUACAGGGACACCCCACCUGUGCCUUCUGCUUAGAGGAACAGGUCAAACUAGUCCUCACUGGCAAAACCAAG